GCUUAAUUGUCUCAUCAACCAAAUGUCCAAAAGAGGUGCCGUUUUAGAAUCAACUUCUUUGGGUUAUAAAUAUUUUAAGGUUCACUCUACUGAGAUAACUUUUACCCUCUUAAGAGAUCUGCAAAAUAUCUUUUUCUCUUCAUGGCAGAGGAAAAACAAGGAAAUGGAAUCAAUCCUCCUCAGGUCAAGCCAAAUGAACCCUUGCCUAGGACUUACAACCAACUUCUAGUGACAAAUAACCGUACAAAAACAAGUUGGCCUGAGCUAGUUGGUGCCACUGCAGAAGAAGCUGAGAGGAAGAUAAAGGAAGAGAUCUCUGGUGCUGAAGUUCAAGUUGUGCCUCCUGAUUCAUUUGUCACUGCUGAUUAUCGGACUCAGAGAGUUCGAUUGUAUGUUGAUGAAUCUAAUAAGGUCAUUAGGACUCCAGGAAUUGGCUAAUCCAUCAAACAAAGAUUGUUCAGGCCAUGCAAUUUGAGUAUAAUAAAGCUAGAGAUGUAACUUGGAGAAUAAAUUUAAUAAAAUGAAGUUCUAUCA